AUGUCCUCGUCCUCGUUAGAAAGCUCUAUAAAUAAUUCGGGGACUCAACCAGUGUUUUCCUCUGCCCAGGAAAGUGGUGAUGCUUUCUCCAAAGGAAAACAAGUCAAUGGAAAAGACGACUCGUCAACUAAUAAAUCUAAACCUACGGAUUUCUACCCUCAUCAAGAGGAAGGGAAAUUGUCUCAGGCAACAGCUUCAGGACAAAAUCAACAAUUAAGACUUUAUCAAAAUCAUGACGAUCCAACCGAAGAAAUUGACGAAUCUCCUUUUAUAAACCCAAUUUCUUUUUUAAAUACUAUGCAUCAAAAAUUGAAAACCACUGCACCCCCUGUAUACUCUUUCUCUCACGACCCAACAACUGGACAAUUUUAUUGUCAAGUUCAUUUUUGUGGACAGACUUAUCAAAAUCAGACCGCAAGGCCAAAAAAGCAACAAGCUAAAGAGGAAGUUGCAAGCAUUGCGAUGAGAGAUCUUUCUCUCAGAAUGUCCGAGAUUACAGCUUUGAUUCGUCAUGAAUUAAUUCGGGCUCACGUUGCUGCAUCUCAAAAAGCUAAAUUCGGUGGAAAAAAUCAAUCUGGAAAUGGAGCUAUGGUGGUUCAGUCUCGACAAAAUUCACAACAAAUAGCACCACAUCCUUUAGAACUCGUUCCGAAGUCGCUUCAAUGGUACAGAAAGCAAAUGGAACUUGCAAAUAAUGGGCAACCUAAACGAUCUUGCGUUAUGUUGCUAGAAUUUUGCCAAAUGCAUAAAUUAGGUCAACCUGUUUAUUCUAUGAGAGAUGAUGGUAGAGGCAAUUAUCUUUUCGACUGCACAAUAGCUGGUAGAGUCUUUAGUCCAGAGAUAGCUUGCUGGCACAAGAAUGAUGCAAAAGACCAUGUUAGCUCAAUAGCCUUUAAUGUCCUCUAUAAUGAAUGUUGUGAUAGAGAACUCAGAGAAAUAGCAUCACGAUACCACCAUCUCAAUAUUAUUCCGACACCUUACCCAAAUUCAAUGCCUAUUUAUUCUGCUGACG